UCGAAGCCUUUUCAGGGGUUUGUAUCAAACGGCUGUGCUGAGGGUAUGAUGCGCUACUGUGCCCACUUUACCAUUGCUCCAUGUAUGGACAAGAGGGCCUCCACGGCAUCCUGCCCUCACUCAGCAGCUUUUUCACUUUCCAGUGACUGAGCUUGCUGAUGUUGCAGUUUCCUCCUUCACGCCGAAAUCUGCUGCAGUUUAUCUUUACAUCUGACUUACUACCUAUCUGCGGGCCUUAGCUUAAACCAUCUGAGAGAACAAGCAGGAAGAAAAAGAGGGAAACAUAAAGCCGAGAAGUGGCUCAAUUUACACAAAAAGAAGAACCAACGGGAAAGGUUUCUAGUGUUUCCUCUUCCAGCUAACAGCCACUAUGGAAUAGGGCAACAAGAGGCUAAGCUAGGAGAAGAGUUUGAAGAGUGUGUGAGACAGAGAAGAUGGAGAAAGGAUAUGUUAAAGAUGGUUUGGCUGCCAUUGAGACUUGGAGAUCUGAUGCCACAAUGAGGACUCACACACGGGGGGCUCCCAGCGUGUUUUUCAUACAUGUGGUUUGCUUUGCUUUGGCCUCCAGCACUGAUGAGAACCCAAGCGCUGUGAUUCCUUUUGUCAAUGCCAACUACGACAGCUACCCCAUGCUGUACUUUUCUAAAGGAGAGGUGGAGGACUUGCGGAUCAAGGCUGCCACUACGCAUCAGCACAUUGCAGCUCGUCUGACUGAGGCAGUUCAGACCAUGCUGUCCAGUCCCCUGGACUACCUUCCUCCCUGGGAUCCCAAGGAGUUCAGUGCUCGGUGGAAUGAAAUUUAUGGCAACAAUCUGGGUGCCCUGGCAAUGUUCUGUGUGCUCUACCCCAAGAAUAUCGAAGCCAUAAAUAUGGCCAAGGAUUACAUGGAAAGGAUGGCGGCUCAGCCUAGUUGGUUAGUGAAGGAUGCUCCAUGGGAUGAGGUCCCUCUUGCUCACUCUUUGGUUGCUUUUGCCACUGCUUAUGACUUCUUAUACAACUAUCUUAGCAAGACUGAACAGGAAAGAUUUCUUGAAGUGAUUGCCAAUGCCUCAGGAUAUAUGUAUGAAACAUCAUACAGGCGUGGAUGGGGUUUCCAGUACCUACAUAACCAUCAGCCUACCAACUGCAUGGCCCUGCUGGCAGGAAGCCUGGUUCUGAUGAAUCAAGGCUAUCUUCAGGAAGCAUACUUGUGGACUAAGCAAGUGCUGUCAAUCAUGGAAAAGUCUAUAGUCCUGCUGCGAGAAGUUACAGAUGGAUCCCUCUAUGAAGGAGUGGCUUAUGGCAGCUACACCACCAGAUCUCUCUUUCAGUAUAUGUUUCUUGUCCAAAGGCAUUUUGACAUCAACCACUUCAAUCACCCGUGGCUUAAAGAGCACUUUGCAUUUAUGUAUAGAACUGUCCUGCCAGGAUUUCAGAGAACUGUGGCAAUUGCAGACUCCAACUAUAACUGGUUCUAUGGGCCAGAGAGCCAGUUGGUGUUUCUAGACAAUUUUGUCAUGCGCAACGGCAGUGGGAAUUGGCUGGCAGAUCAGAUCAGAAGGAAUCGAGUGGUGGAAGGCCCUGGGACUCCAUCCAAAGGGCAGCGGUGGUGCACUCUUCACACUGAAUUUCUCUGGUAUGAUGCAAGCCUGCACUCCGUACCUCCACCGGACUAUGGUAUUCCAAAGCUGCAUUAUUUUGAGGACUGGGGAGUUGUAACAUAUGGAAGUGCAUUGCCAGCUGAAAUCAACAGGCCCUUCCUCUCCUUCAAAUCUGGAAAACUGGGAGGUCGUGCAAUAUAUGAUAUUGUUCAUAAGAAUAAGUACAAAGAGUGGGUCAAAGGGUGGAGGAACUUCAAUGCUGGCCAUGAGCACCCUGAUCAGAACUCCUUUACCUUUGCUCCCAAUGGUGUACCUUUCAUAACAGAAGCCCUGUAUGGACCGAAGUAUACCUUCUUCAACAAUGUGUUGAUGUUUUCCCCAGCGGUGUCAAAGAGCUGCUUCUCCCCAUGGGAAGGGCAGGUUACAGAGGACUGUUCAUCAAAGUGGUUGAAAUACAAACAUGACCUAGCUGCAGACUGCCAAGGGAGAGUAGUCGCCGCUAUGGAGAGAAGUGGAGUGGUUUUUAUCAGGGGAGAAGGAGUGGGUGCUUACAACCCAGAACUGAAGUUGAAAAACUUCCAAAGAAACCUUUUACUUCUGCAUCCCCAGCUUUUGUUGCUUGUGGACCUAAUUCAUCUUGAAGAUGACAGCCCCCUGGAGGCAGCCACCAGCUUCUUCCACAAUGUGGAUGUGCCUUUUGAAGAGACUGUUAUUGAUGAUGUCCACGGGGCUUUUAUUAGGCAUCACGAUGGGAUGUAUAAGAUGUACUGGAUGGAUGAUACUGGCUACAGUGAGAAGGCUACUGUUGCCUCAAAAAUGUAUCCCCAGGGCUACCCAUACAAUGGAACAAACUAUGUGAAUGUUACAACCCACCUGCGGAACCCAAUCACCAGAGCAGUUUACCUCUUCAUAGGACCUUCCAUAGAUGUCCAGAGUUUCAAUGUCCAUGGAGAUUCUCAGCAACUGGAUGUCUUCAUAGCCACCAGUGAGCAUGCCUAUGCCGUUUACCUGUGGACUGGUGAGGAUGGAGGCCAUUCUGUCUUUGCACAGAUUAUUGCAGAUCGCCAAAAAAUUCUGUUUGACCGAACCUCUACCAUAAGGAACUCCGCUGUGUCAGAGGUGAAAGAUUAUGUUCAGAUUGUGGAGCAGAAUCUUCAGCAUUUCAAACCUGUCUUCCAGCAGCUUGAGAAACAGAUUCUGUCCCAUGUGCGAAACACAGAUAGCUUUAGAAAGACUGCUGAACGCCUGCUGAGAUUUUCAGAUAAGAGACAGACGGAAGAAGCCAUUGAUAGGUUAUUUGCUAUCUCCCAGCAGCAGCAGCAGCAGCAAGGCAGGGCAAAGAAAAGCAAAAAGGUAGCCAAAAGCUACAAGUUUGUUGAUGCCGUUCCUGACAUCUUUGCACAAAUUGAAGUAAACGAAAGAAAAGUGCGACAGAAGGCACAGACUCAAGCACAAAAAGAGUUACCUGUAGAUGAAGAUGAGGAAAUGAAAGACCUUUUAGAUUUUGUAGAUAUUACUCAUGGGAAGCACAAAAAUGGUGCAUCAAUCAAAGGCCAAUCUGGACUGGAACAAAUGGUGAGCACUGCUCGAAGCAGUGCCCCAUCAAUAUCGGCUUCUUAUACCCGCCUCUUCCUAAUUCUAAACAUUUUUAUUUUCUUUGUUAUGCUGGCAAUGCAGAUGACCUAUUUCCAAAAGGCCAAGAGCCUACAUGGCCAAAGAUGGCUUUAUGCAAUACUUUUAGUUGACAGCUGUAUAUUAUUGUGGCUGUAUUCUUCUUGUUCCCAGUCACAAUGUUAGCAAAAGAUCAUGUACUACUUGACCAGUUUAUGGUCAUAUGUGUCUAUGCAAAAGAAUUAACCCUAAUAGGGCCAUAGUUUGUUUUUUCCUUUUCUGAAAUAUUCCAGGAAACAGCUGAGGAAAGGUUGAUUUCACCCCAUGAGGGAAGAGGGAAAAAUAAUGCAUUUUUGAGAGACCUAAGUAUUCCUCAUCUGUGCUUUGGUUGUGUUUGACAUCUGAAGGAUAUUAUGCUUUGUUCAUCAAAGCACAGUAUGUGAAACUGUACUUAAUUUCUACCAAAAAAAAAAAAAGCCUUCUUUAAGAGGUUAUUUGUUUCCUAAGCUCCUUGGUUUUAUACACAAUUGGUUUUGCAUAGUAUUACUUUCAGGCUUCUAAAGAUGCGUAUGAGAGCUGGGCAGGAAAUGGUUUUCCUGCUCCAUGAAAAUGUUUGAGAUAUCAAAAAAUGUUCCUGGCCCAAAUUGGGACAUAAAAUGACAAAACCUUGAAACUAUCCAUGUAUCAAAAAUCCAUCCUCCCAAAAUUUGGGGUUUGAAAAUGUGGAAACAGGACAUUUUGACCAUUUCAUAGUGUUUUUUUCCCAAAAUUUUUUCAAGUUGAGAUUUGUUGAACUUUCAGGGGAUAUUUGUAGAAACCAACCCUGUUUCACAAACAAUUUAGGUUUUGACGAAUCAGCAUUUUUCAGUGAAAAAAAGGUGUUAAAAAUUCUCAACCAGCUCUAAUGCCUAUAGACAUAACCUUACAACAGAGUUAUUCAAAUUGAAAGGGCAUAGGAAAGAUUAACAAGUUAUAGUUGGAGGCAAAUAAGAAGCAAACUUUAAGCAUAAGGGAUUAUUUCUCAUUAUGAAAAAUCCCCUUCCCAUUCACCAGACCAGAUGAAAACUGGAGGAUGAAUCCUGAUAUGAUCUGCUUUUGAUUUUACAGGGUAAGGUUUCUCAAACAUUAUCAUAUGGGGAGCACAUUUCAAUAGGGAAAUUGACUCCUAGAUCACCUCUCCUGUUUGCAAUUGCAAAAAACCACUACCAUCACCACCACCACCCUGUGGCAACCCCAGCAAUUGCUUAUGUGGAAAAGCUGUAUUAAGAAAGUAUUUGAUGUAUUUAUAUUUUUUUAGCUCUCGGAGUGAUUAUAUAGCUGGAAACAAAGAAGAGCCAGAACCAAGUGACCAGACAGUUCUUCACAGACCACCAGCGAGUGCUCUGCAGAUCAUGAGAGGCACACGGCUCAUUAAUUUGGCAAUCAUUGAUAUGGAGAAAACUGUGGCUUCUGACAAUGAGUUUGACACCCUUACUUACACUGCAUUCAUUAAACUGAAUUUAAAAAAUCAUAGGUGUCUGUGAGGUUUUCAGUAUGGAGAGGCUAUAGAACUGGUGUAUAUUACUGUAUGUCUUUAAGAAACAGAAAAGCAUUUCUUCCCGUACAUUUUUUAAAUAAACAAAUCAUAAUUGUCUCAUAGAUUUUUUUGCUUUGUUGACUAGAAUAUUUUCCCGAAUAAUUUAAACAAUUGAGUGGUGUUCAUUAGCUCCUAAUUCACAACAUAUAAUAUUAAGGGAUGGCUCUCUCUGAAUUUCACCACUUGGGCCCUUGAUAUUGAUGUUUUUUUCUUUAAAUAUAUCUGGCCACGGAUGGGGACCUUUUCAUGAAAUAAAAAUACACAGGUGAAUAUCUUAAAUUAAUAGCCUCAGGUGCAAACUAACACUUUAUAAGAUCCAGAAAAUGUAUAACAACCGUUAUUUAAUUUCAGUUUCCCAUACUGAGACAAGUUCUGCUCAUGUACAGAAACCCUAUUGAAGUCUCUUGGAGAGCAGCAAAAUAAAUUGUCACGCAACAUUAUUCUUCAUAACUAUGCAUAUUGCUUUCUUCUGAGGUUGGAUUAUAAAUUGGUCCAAUAAUAGGGUGUCGAAGCAGCUGGUAACAUAUGAUAGAUCAAUAAAAGUGCUUAAAAUGGCAUGUGAUUUUUAUUUUUAUUUUCCUAGAGACUGUUGAUUAAUUUUUAACUCUCGUGUAAUAUUAAUAUACAUACAUUAAUAUUAAUGGUCAUUAAAUGUUGAAUCUUCAGGAAAA